AUGGGCGCAUGCACCAGCCAGUCUCAGCAGCGAACGGCUCGCAGGGCCAGCCCAGGCCAACCAAGCCAGCCAGGGCCGGGCAAUGCCGGUUUCAGCUGGCCGUCGACGCCCGCUCGAGCUGCUGCAUGUUGCGCAUCUGAGGCGGCCGACGACGACGACGGUGCCAGUGAUCACCGCCAGGGAGCACCGCCAUGGCCGCCCCGUCCACAACCAUCGAGUCGUCGUGCUUGCCGUCGAGGCCAGCAUGUCUACGAGAUGCAGUCCCGCACAGCGCAGCGCAUUGAGCGGGCGGGCGUCGAUGGCGUCGAGUGGACAAGCACCGCUAUGCAUGCAACGCAUCAAUCAGGACGACUGGUGUGCAGCAGCGUCGCCACCGCGGCCGCCAUGGACCCAAGAUGUGGGAGAGCCCAACCGAUGCAGCGCAUGGCAUAG